CUCGGCUGUUACACCCAAAGGAAGUUGGGGAAAAAAUCCAAACACACUGUCAAAGUUUACCCCCAAAAAAGAAGUAGCUCGAGUAGCAGAUAAAGUCAGCGGGCUGAACCCAGAGGAGACACUUCUGACUGCUGUCCUGAACGGGGCUCCGGCUAUUUCCUGCUUCACAGAUAACCCCCACACACAGGUGCCAUGGCAGAGACGGUGCUGGUGGUCGGCGGUGGCGGGCGGGAGCACGCGCUGGCCUGGAAGCUCGCGCAGUCGCCGCAGAUUCAGCAAGUCCUGGUGGCCCCGGGGAACGCAGGCACGGCCAGCUGUGGGAAGAUCCGCAACUCUGAGGUAUCGGUGAGUAACCACGCCAUUCUGGCUCAGUUCUGUAAGGACCACCACGUGGGGCUGGUCGUGGUCGGGCCCGAGGUGCCACUGGCGGCCGGUAUUGUGGAUGACCUGACGGCGGCGGGGGUGCCCUGUUUCGGCCCGUCCGCCAAAGCCGCUCAGUUGGAGGCCAGCAAAAGCUUUUCCAAGGCCUUCAUGGAGCGCUACGGCAUCCCCACGGCCCGCUACGGCUCCUUCACCGACCCCGAGCAGGCCUGCAGCUACAUUCGCAUGGCCGACUUCCCGGCGCUGGUGGUGAAGGCCAGCGGGCUGGCAGCAGGGAAGGGGGUCAUCGUGGCUCAAGACCAGGACGAGGCCUGUCGGGCCGUGAUGGACAUCAUGAAGGACCGAGCCUUCGGAUCAGCAGGGGAGACGGUGGUGGUUGAGGAGCUGCUCGAGGGAGAGGAAGUGUCCUGUCUGUGCUUCACUGACGGCUCCUCGGUGUCCGCGAUGCCUCCGGCACAGGAUCACAAGAGGCUGCAGGAUGGCGACCUGGGGCCGAACACCGGCGGCAUGGGGGCCUACUGCCCCACCCCGCAGGUGAGCCAGGAGAUGCUGCAGCAGAUCAGAGAGACGGUCCUUCAGAGGACCGUGGACGGGAUGAGGGAGGAGGGAACUCCUUAUGUGGGUGUGCUGUACGCUGGGCUGAUGUUGACCAAGCAGGGGCUGAAGGUCCUUGAGUUCAACUGUCGCUUCGGAGACCCCGAGUGUCAGGUGCUGCUGCCCCUCCUGCAGAGCGACCUGUAUGAGGUGAUCCUGAACACGGUCAGCGGCAAACUGGCCUCCAACGCCCCCGUGUGGCGCCAGGAUGCCUCUGCAGUCACCGUGGUGAUGGCAAGCGCCGGUUACCCCGGCUCCUACAAGAAAGGAGUCAAAAUCACAGGCUUGUCCCAGGUCCAGGACUCAGGUGUGCAGGUUUUCCACGCCGGCACGGCCUUGAAGGAGGGUGCCGUGGUCUCCAGCGGCGGGCGGGUCUUGACCGUCACCGCGGUCAGGCCGUCCCUGGAGGCGGCCUUGGAGGCGGCCAAUCAGGGCUUGGCGGCAGUGGGCUUCCCGGGUGCCGUGUACCGCCGCGACAUCGGCCACCGGGCCAUCGCCCACCUGAACCAACGCAGAGGUCUGACCUAUAAGGACAGCGGAGUGGACAUCGCUGCAGGAAACAAGCUGGUGGACAUGAUCAAGCCUCUGGCCAAGGCAACGUCCCGCGCUGGGUGUAACGCAGAGCUGGGAGGUUUCGCUGGGCUGUUUGACCUGAAGGCAGCAGGCUUUGUGGACCCGAUCCUGGUUUCUGGGACAGACGGCGUGGGGACCAAGCUCAAGAUCGCCCAGGCGUGCGGUCAGCACUGCGCCCUCGGUCAGGACCUGGUGGCCAUGUGUGUGAACGAUGUGCUGGCUCAAGGUGCCGAGCCGCUCUUCUUCCUCGACUACUUCUCCUGCGGACGCCUCGACGUGGACGUGGCGGCGGCGGUGGUUGGCGGCAUCUCGAAGGCCUGCGAGAUGGCCGGCUGCGCUCUGCUGGGUGGUGAGACGGCAGAAAUGCCGGGCGUCUACGCUCCGGGAGAGUACGACCUGGCCGGGUUCUGUGUCGGAGCGGUGGAGCGCGGGGCUCUGCUGCCCAGGCUGGGGGACAUCGCCGAGGGGGACCUGCUGAUCGGACUGGCCUCCUCCGGGGUCCACAGCAACGGCUUCAGCCUGGUCCGCAAAGUCCUGGAGAGGGCCAACCUCGGCUACAGCUCCCCUGCUCCUUUCGGCCAGUCGGGACAGACCGUCGGCCAGGUUCUGCUGACUCCCACAAAGAUCUACAGCCGUCUGCUGCUGCCAAUCCUUCGCAGCGGUGCCGUCAAAGCCUACGCUCACAUCACAGGGGGGGGUCUCCUGGAGAACAUCCCCCGGGUGCUGCCCCACGGGCUGGCGGUCGACUUAGAUGCCUCCCAAUGGAGCAUCCCUCCUGUGUUUUCUUGGCUCCACGAGGAGGGGGGCCUGAGCGAGGAGGAGAUGGCCCGCACCUUCAACUGUGGCCUGGGGGCCGUGCUGGUGGUGGCCCCCAUGGAGGCUCAGAGCGUCCUGCGGCAGCUUCAAGCUCAUGAAGAGGCCUGGAUCGUGGGUUCGCUGGCCCACAAGCACCAGGGGGCAGAACCUGUGGUGGUCCGCAACCUAAGACCCAGCCUGCUGAAUGCAGGCCCCGCCCCCAGUGGAGAGUUGGCUGUCGACAGCAACGCGUCACUCAAGAAGACCAGGGUGGCUGUUCUCAUCUCUGGCACAGGCACCAACUUACAAGCACUGAUAGAGCAGGCCAAGCGUCCGUCCAGCGCUGCAGAGAUCGUGGUGGUCAUCUCCAACAGGCCUGGAGUUCAGGGCCUGAAGAGGGCGUCGCUGGCUGGCAUCCAGACAAGGGUGGUGGACCACAAACUGUACGGGAGCCGAGCAGAGUUUGAUGGCACAAUCGAUGGCGUGCUGGAGGAGUUUGGGGUGGAGCUGGUGUGUCUGGCUGGAUUCAUGAGGAUCCUCACAGGGACCUUCGUCAAGAAAUGGAACGGAAAGCUACUGAACAUCCAUCCAUCCCUGCUGCCCUCAUUCAAGGGGGUGAAUGCCCAGAAGCAGGCUCUGCAGGCGGGGGUGCGGGUGACUGGCUGCACGGUCCACUUUGUAGCAGAGGAGGUGGAUGCAGGAGCCAUCGUUGUGCAGGAGGCUGUGUCCGUGCUGGGCAGCGACACGGAGGACAGUCUGUCCGACAGGAUCCGGGAGGCCGAGCACCGAGCCUUCCCCGCCGCUCUGGAGCUGGUGGCCAGCGGCACGGUCCGGCUCAAGGAGGACGGCCACGUCACGUGGAAGUCCAAUUCCCAGAGUUAAAAACCACACGGCCAACAAGUCCCAUUCCUAAACCUCUCAUAGAAUAGGUCAAGAUAUUCACUUUUUACUGUUCUAACACCAGUUGAGUUGGCUCUGUAUCACGAGAUGCUUGCAAGCAUGCAUAGAACAUAUUCAUACUUUGUGUGAAGAAGCAUCAUUCUUGAAACUUACAUUCCAAUGGUACCUUUUUAAUAAAGUGAACUGCACUGGAAUUAACCUCUAAAUUAGUUCAUGUGGUCCUACUUUGUGAUGCGGUCCAGAUAGAAUUGAAUUAUGUAUUGAAUGUCUGAAGCUGAAAUGUCAUUAAACCUGUCUGCGUGAAUACAA